UGCACCUGGCUGAGUUUCCUGUUUCUUAACAUGUGAGGUUCCAACCUGAUGGGGCCCACUUACAUGCGCUGGUCUGCUUUGGACUGUGGGGAGCUGGGGUGCUGGUCCCAUCUCCCACUUUCUAUGGCAUGGAGUGUGCUCCCAGAUGACACAGCCAAGCGGGUGUGUUUUUCCCUCAUUCGCAGAAAGUUUAGCAAUCUCUGACUCCCUCACCCUGCCCUGUUGAGAUUUUAAAAAAGUUUCCUCUUCUGGGCCACAGAGCCGCCUCCUACCUGGGCUUUAUUGCUUUCUCUGCAAGUGCAUUGAGCCUCUGCAGCCCUUUAAAAGGGGCAGAGCCUGUAGUGUGAUCAGCAGGUCCUGUCCCUAGGAGAUAAGACCGUCCUGGACGGCAGGUGCGGAUUUCCCAGCAGCUCAGUCAAGAGCCCGAGGCUUGUGCCGUCUGAUCCCAAUGUCCGGAGAGAGAGCCAUGUGCGAGCUUGAAUUUGGCAAUGGCAAGGCCAGGGAGCCGAGCGUGGGAGGCAGAUGGCAAGCAUCCUGGUACGAACGCUUGGUGCAGCCUUGCCUGGUUGAACUGCUAGGCUCUGCCCUCUUCAUCUUCAUCGGGUGCCUGUCGGUCAUCGAGAACGGGAUGGACACUGGGGUGCUGCAGCCUGCCCUGGCCCACGGGCUGGCUUUGGGGCUCGUGAUUGCCACGCUGGGGAAUAUCAGUGGUGGACACUUCAACCCUGCGGUGUCCCUGGCAGCCAUGCUGAUCGGAGGCCUCAACCUGGUGAUGCUCCUCCCGUACUGGGUGUCACAGCUCCUCGGGGGGCUGCUCGGGGCUGCCUUGGCCAAGGUGGUGAGUCCUGAGGAGAGGUUCUGGAAUGCAUCUGGGGCGGCCUUUGUGACGGUACAGGAGCAGGGGCAGGUGGCAGGGGCGUUGGUGGCAGAGAUCAUCCUGACGAUGCUGCUGGCCCUGGCUGUAUGUAUGGGUGCCAUCAAUGAGAAGACAAAGGGCCCUCUGGCCCCGUUCUCCAUCGGCUUCGCGGUCACCGUGGGUAUCCUGGCCGGGGGCACUGUGUCUGGAGGCUGCAUGAAUCCUGCCCGUGCUUUUGGACCUGCGGUGGUGGCCGGCCACUGGGACUUCCACUGGAUCUACUGGCUGGGCCCACUCCUGGGUGGCCUGCUUGUUGGACUGCUCAUUAGGUGCUUCAUUGGAGAUGGGAAGAUCCGCCUCAUCCUGAAGGCUCGGUGAAGCCGAGCUCAAGCUCGUGGGAUUCCUGCUCAGGCGAGUCCUCAGCUCUCCUGUCUCGGACUGAGAACAGAAGAGUUCCUACACUUCCUGCCAGGGCACAAGCUUAGAGGAGACACCCACUGCUCCCACUGCAUGGGCCUGGUUUCUCGGAUAGACAGACUGCUGAGGAGGCUCUAGGUUCUUGGAAUUCCUUUGUGUUCAUCAGAGACCCCAGCCUGGGGAACAGGUUGCCUGUGCUGCCCAGAGAGUGGUGGAAAUGGCAUGAGAAUUUUUCUCAAGAGGAACGUCCCGAGUUGGGAAGAGGCUGUUUCUGUACAUCAGCUCAUUUCCCGCACCCCAUUUCUUUCUCCUUCUCUUGUUUCUUGAUAGCUUUGUUGUACAAGGGCCUUCUGGGGUCCAGCCACUUCCUUGCUUCUCAAGCUGACAAUUCUCACUUUGCAAUAAAUAGUCCAAUAUCUCAUUC